AUGAUUCUCCCUGCAGCGCUUCUGCUGGUAUCUCAGUUGAGUGUUGCAAGUUGUACCUCGGAGACCUGGUCCCUCUGUCCCCGAGGCUGUGAGUGCAGAGAGGGCCUCAAGUAUGUCAACUGCUCAGCCGCUUCCUUGCAACAGGUACCCCCCAGCUUCCCAACAGAUACAGAGCAGCUGGACCUUUCGAAGAACAACCUGACCAUUCUCCCAGCCGGCGUCUUCCAAUCGCUCUGGAGAAUCAAUAUCCUCCUCAUUGGCUCCAGCCAUGUUCAGAGAGUCAACGAUGGAGCUUUUGCCUCUCUGGAGAACCUAUGGCGACUGGAUCUCCGGCAAAACAACAUCAGGGACUUGAGUGAGGGCUUUUCCAUUGGUCUCUCCUUCCUCAAUGAGUUGAUACUGUCAGACAACCACUUGGAGAAGCUGAAUUCACUGAUGUUCCAGUACCUGGACAAUGUGCAGAAACUCUACCUGAGUAAUAACCAGAUUUCUCAACUCUCCAGCGGGGCCUUCCGAAGUAUGACGAGGCUACGGCAGCUACACCUUCAGAAUAACCGACUGGCUAACCUGAGCAAUGGAGUCUUCUUCAUGCUGCAGAACCUGGAAGUGUUAAACCUUCAGGGGAAUCUAAUCAAAGAUGUCGACACUGGUGUUUUCACGUCGUUGACCAGUCUGACGCUCUUGAACCUGUCCCGAAAUGGCUUGGAGCGAAUUAAAUUCAAGACUUUCUUGGGUAUUCAGACUUGGGGCACCCACAUUUUGCUGUCAAAGAAUAAUUGGACUUGUGAUUGUGAGCUGCAGAGGGUUUUCGGUAAACUGCAUAAUGUCCAACGCUUGCUUGUGGAUGACUAUGACAAUGUGAUCUGCUUGGAGCCUCCUGCCCUGAGGGACUUUCCAUUAGCAUCUGUUGACACUCAAUUGUGCAUAGCAGAGACUGUCACAGUCCUGGUUAUCACAGUGACAGUCUUCAUCACUGUUGUUGCUGCGAUUGUAAUGGCUGAAAGGAAUAGGAAGAAACGAACGGGGAAGCACUGGAGUGAAGAAAGUGAAGACUUUGAUUCUCAAGAUUAA